CAAUUAGUGCUUAUGUGUAAACUCUUAAAAUUGGACUAUCAGUCGUUCGCAUACCUCAACACUGGUACCUACGUUAAAACCGUAAUUUUAUAUUUUUAUUCUGGUUGUCAAGUAAAUAAAAAUAUUUUUUAAGGGUUUUCACAUAAACACUUUAUAUAACACUCCAAUUAUUAAUAUUCAGUUGUCAAUUUACUAUCGGGAAAGAUCGUUGUGGGGUGAAAAUGGCUAUCGUAUUACCUGAUCCAAAAAACAAAGUAUCUCGAUGGUACUUCGGUGGACUUUCUAGCGCUGGUGCUGCUAUGAUAACUCAUCCGCUGGAUCUUCUAAAAGUUACGUUACAAACACAGCAAGAUGGCAAACUGUCGGCUUUACAGCUAACGAAAAAGGUUUUGAAGCAACAAGGUAUACUUGGAUUGUAUAAUGGGCUCUCGGCUUCACUUCUCAGACAAUUAACGUAUUCAACAACUCGAUUUGGGAUCUAUGAAGUAGGGAAGCAAUCGAUGAGCCCAGACUCGGGAUUUGUUCAAAAAGCAUUUCUUGCUGGAGCAGCUGGGUUUGCAGGGGGAUUUGUGGGAACACCUGCUGACAUGGUUAAUGUUCGCAUGCAAAACGAUAUUAAACUACCCAUGGAACAACGUAGAAACUAUAAAAAUGCCAUUGACGGUUUAGUCCGUGUCGCUAGAGAAGAAGGUCCGUUGAAACUAUUUUCAGGUGCUAGUACAGCGAGCUCACGUGCUGUUUUCAUGACUAUUGGACAGUUGUCAUUUUACGAUUUAGUGAAGACUAAACUAUUGGGAUUAGGACUCAAGGACAAUUUGACAACACAUUUGUUAGCAAGUUCAACUGCUGGCGCGAUCGCCACAACAAUGACCCAACCGUUAGAUGUGUUAAAAACGAGAGCUAUGAAUGCAAAACCUGGAGAAUUUAAGGGAGUUUGGGACAUUGUAAAACAUACAGCAAAACUAGGUCCAUUAGGAUUCUUUAAAGGCUACGUACCUGCUUUCUUGCGACUUGGUCCUCACACAAUUUUCACUUUUGUUUUCUUGGAGCAACUUAGAAUUAAUUUUGGAUAUUUUAAAGAGAAAAAUUAGAAUCUCUGGAUGUGUACAGUUACAUUUUAAAGUGUUGUUGUCUGCUUUUACGUUGCAAAAAAUGUUUCCGCUAUACUGUAAAAAAUAGCUUAAAUUCUCAUGAAUGCAUUUAAAACUACCCCAUCAAUAUUAAUUUCAAUAGCUAAUUUAUACCGAACUUAUUAACAGAUACAUUCCAACAGGUGCAAUAAUUGUUAAAUAUUUAAAAAAAUUAUAUUUUAUUGUUGAAAAAAUAAUACAAAUGUUUUAUUCUGGUUUCACAAUCAUGAUUGUGAUGAUUAGUUAGAUAAUAGGUACUAUAACUUAUGUAACUGUUCAAUAAAUAUCACUUUAUUUCAUUUUUGUUAU